AUGGAUAACUCUAAAACGCAAAACUUCUGGGCUACUCAAUCAACGUCAAAUCCGUGGUAUGACUGGAAUACAAACAAAACGCCGAGUCGUAAUAAAACCGAGGAUAAAGCCUCACGUCAUCUAAAUUUUUAUCGUUCCUUCAGUCAAGACCUCCGAGAAUAUUUAUUAACUUCAACACUGCACGGUCUUCGCUAUAUCGGUGAAAAAAAACUAACUUGGUUUGAACGGUUCUUCUGGUUGAUCGCGUUCGGUAGUUCAUUGAUAUGCGCAGGAUUCUUCAUUCUAAAUGUUUACGCAAAAUGGAGGAUGUCACCUAUGAUUGUUAGCAUCAAUCCGGAAAACAUGCCUCUUAACAAGCUACCAUUCCCUGCAAUUACAAUCUGCAAUGUUAACCAAGCUAAGAAGUCAGUGGCUGAACGAUAUAUGAAAUUUGGCGAUUCGAUAGACAAAAAGCUAUUAGAAAGCCUGUGCUCAUCUCAGACGGAUGCUGAUAUUUUUGAAGAUGAUAUUGCUGGAGGUGCCGAUUGGGACCACACACGCUCCUUUCUUAUCAAUGUAACCCAACCUUGCAACGAAAUGCUAUCAUUAUGUAUUUGGAAUUCAGCAAAUAUGAAUUGUCAGGAUCUAUUUAAUGCCCAGCUCACUGAUGAAGGACUUUGCUGCACAUUCAACGUUGUCCAUCGGGAAAAUAUGUUCCGGAAUCCCAAGGACCUAAAUGACAUGAACAUAACAUUCCCAUUACCGUCAGUGGAUUGGACUCCUGAAAGUGGAUUCCCAGAAAAUGCACCAGCUGACGGAUUUCCAUGGAGGGCACAAGGAAUUGGAACUGAUCAUGGUUUAACAUUAGUAUUAGAUGCUAAUGUUGCGGAAUAUUAUUGUGCGUCCACGAAAAGCACAGGUUUUAAGAUACUUCUACAUAACCCAACAGAAACGCCAAACAUAGCAAAACUUGGGGAGGUAUAUGGUCCCGGGAUUGAGGCUCGUGUGGCAAUACAACCGAGGAUACUAGAUGCGCAGCCGACCCUGAAAUUUAUCGACGUCAAUAAAAGACUUUGCCUUUUCUCUAGUGAACAGAAAUUAGUAUUCUAUAGAACUUACACACUGAGGAACUGCGAAAUGGAAUGUGAAGCUCGUAUUAUGUUGGACGUAUGUAAAUGUGUGCUUUAUUACAUGCCGAAAAAUAAAACGACUCGCGUAUGUGGCAAAGCAGACGCUAAAUGUUACAGCAAUAUGAAGAAAUAUGUUCCUAGUGGUCGUGAACGUGCUUGUGAAGAAUGUCUUCCGGCAUGCACGGAGAUCUCUUACUUCGAGAGACCGAGCAGUGCGAUGCUAAGCAAAUUUCUCGUGGGUCACUACAUAAAAAGUAUCAACCUAGCGCAAAACAAAACCUCAGAAUAUUUUACCGAUAACAUGUUAGUGAUUCAUUUUUACUUUGAAGAUAAUUCAUUCAUGAGAUUCACGAAAGGAGAAAUAUUUGGACUCACAGAAUUUUUAUCAAACACAGGUGGUCUGCUCGGUCUCUGCAUGGGCUUCAGUAUGAUGAGCGCAGUAGAACUCCUGUAUUACAUCACAUUACGCGUCUUAUGUGUUGCGAGACAGAAGAAAUCUAUACAACCGUUUCAUAAAUAA